AAAUUGUUGAAGUAGGUGGUGUGUUGCUCCUCCGGUCAUUUCAGUAACUAAGUUUUUGUUCCUAGUUCUCGUGUCCGUUGUCUCAGGGAGAAGCGUGAAGAGGAAAAAGAUAAAAGACUAGACCUUUUCGCGUUCAUGGAUUCGAUGAUGGGUAAACUCGUGAUGGGUUUGGUCGUGGUGGUUGCGAUCUUCGAAGCUUCAGGUGUCGACGCGUGGACUGGAGAGAUUCGCGGCAGAGUUGUAUGCGAUGUCUGUGCCGAUUCUUCAAUCGGACCAGAGGAUCAUGUCCUUGAAGGAGCUGAGGUUGCGGUACUCUGCAUAACUAAGUCCGGAGAAGUUGUGAACUACCAAGCUUUCACAAACUCAAAAGGUGUCUACACUGUAGCGGAGACAAUGCCAGAGAGUGAACGUUGGGACGCAUGCCUUGCAAGACCCAUCAGCAGCUUCCACACUUCGUGCAACCACUUAAACCAGGCCAAUAAUGGGAUCAAAUUCAGUUAUAAACGCCCUUCCGGUUACUUUCAUGCCGUGAAACCAUUUGUGUAUCGACACCAAUACGCACCUUCUUAUUGCUGAUGCCUGAUUCAAAAGAGCCUUUAUAUAUACCCUUAUUAUGUUGUGUAAACUUGUAGUAAUAAUUUUUUUUUUUGAAAAAGUGUAAACUUGUAGUAAUAAUUGAAAUAUUAAAUAGUUUGGAUA